GCAAUUAUUGCUAAAUUCACCUCAUUUUGUUCCUUUCCGUAAUCGUGUUGGAGACUUGGAACAAAAAAGAGCGAACAACCCAAAAAUUCCGAACGGAAGCACUCACUCCGCCGUUGGAAUUGCCUUUGUCAAAAAGCCUUCCUCUGCUUUUUCCACUUUCUCCGCAAAAUUCUACGGCUGGCGACAAAUUCCAGCACUGUUCUAUUGAUGGGCUUCGGGAACUUCCAAAGCAACUCUCUUUCUCAGUCUCACUAUCACCAGUCAAUCGCCACCAAACUUCAAUUCUCAGGAAGAAAGCAAUAGAGGGAAGUGGUGGGUUUGCCCUGUUCCCGCAAUUCUCUGACCUCUCCCGCAGGAAGGGAAGAUAAAGCUGAAAUUUUGGGACUUGGGGUUGCUUGAUUCCUCAACAGGGUUGCUGUACUUCUUUCGGUUUCUUCUGGGUUUGGAGUAGGAAGGGAGGAGGGAAGAAGGAUGUCGAAAUUGAAGGAGUUCUGUACCAAAAAAACGUUGUUGGGUCUUGGGUUGGGGCAGUUUCUCUCGCUGCUGAUUACUUCUACUGGUUUCGCUUCCUCUGAACUUGCCAGAAAAGGGAUCAAUGCUCCAACUUCUCAAUCAUUUUUAAAUUAUGUAUUAUUAGCUAUUGUUUAUGGUGGUAUUAUGCUAUACCGGAGAGAAAAACUUAAGGCAAAAUGGUAUUACUAUCUGAUUCUCGGAUUGAUAGAUGUGGAGGCCAAUUUUCUUGUGGUGAAGGCCUAUCAGUACACCUCCCUUACAAGUGUCAUGUUGCUGGAUUGUUGGUCAAUCCCAUCUGUUAUGAUUCUCACAUGGAUUUUUCUGAAGACGAAGUACAGAUUCAAGAAGAUAACUGGAGUAGUAGUCUGUGUUGCUGGCCUUGUGGCGGUUGUUUUUUCAGAUGUUCAUUCUGGUGAUUGGUCAGGAGGAAGCAAACCUCUUCUAGGAGAUGGUCUGGUCAUUGCUGGGGCAACGCUCUAUGCUGUCAGUAAUGUCAGUGAGGAGUUCCUUGUCAAGAAUGCUGACAGAGUUGAACUCAUGGCACUGCUUGGUUUUUUUGGUGCCAUUAUCAGUGCUGUCCAAAUAGCCAUUCUGGAGCGUACUGAGUUGAAAUCUAUUCAUUGGUCAGCUGGCGCAGCUUUUCCAUUCUUUGGGUUUGCGUUGGCGAUGUUCCUGUUCUACUCAUUCGUUCCUGUUUUGCUCAAGAUGACAGGUUCUACCAUGCUCAACCUGUCUUUGCUGUCGUCGGACAUGUGGGCUGUCUUGAUUCGCAUCUUUGCAUACCAUCAGAAGGUUGACUGGAUCUACUUCAUCGCAUUUGGUGCCGUUGUAGUUGGGUUGGUCAUUUACUCUGGAGGUGCGGCAGACGAGGAUCGAUCUGCAGACGUAGCAGACGAAAACGCUGAAAGAAGCAAACACGACGAGGAAGCUGGAGCUAUUGCGAACCGCAGUAGGGGAUUACUGGCUGGGAGUAGUUCAAAAUCAGGGUAGGAUAGUGCCUCUCUGGGUAGGGAAGGGAAAGAAUCCAAACCAAGAUGUAUUUGGAAAGAAAUUCUGAAAAUUUUGAAGGCAUGGUCUUGGAAACUGAACAGAAGCCAAUUUUAGUACUCCUAAUUGAUGUCAGGUUAAGAAAAAGGAGGACCAGAAUAAUCAUAACAUCCGUAAGGAGCAUGGGAUGGCAAUAGAAACUUUAGAGUCCUCCUGGUUACUAUUGUUAUCAUUAUUGUUAAUUGUAUAGGUUGAUCCGUCCAGAAAUUGUUGCUUCAGAAAUGGCAAAAUGGAAACUUGAAAACAGAGUUUGCUUUCUGUGCUGCUUUUAGCUCUCAAUUAGACUCUCGUAUCCACAUCACUUUCGGGGUUCUAUGGCGCA